AUGGUGCGUCCAGAGGCUCCUGACGUCUUUGCCAUUCCAGAUUUCUGGAGAAACACCAGGUUACUCCAUGGUAUCUUGCAACCGGGCCAGAGCGAGUUCUUUGGUCUAGAUAUCAAGUCGGAAGACCGGACUUCGUUUCUUGAAACGGAAAAGAAGGUUGCCAGUGUCAACUCCGAUGAGUUCUUCAAGAUACCACCAGCUCUUCAGCUCCCAAGUCUUGGCACACAAGACCAGGAGCAUCAUGAUACACAGCCUUCAGAUCCGCCGCGGAUAGUCAAGCGCCAGGAAGAGAAUCUGUUUGAUGAUGACUUUAUUCAAAACGCACAGGCUCCAAGGUCUACUGCAGAGUACAAGACCUGGGAUGGCUUUGUCAUGCCAGAGGUGCCGUUAUUAGAACCCAUCUUCAUCACAGAGGCGGGUGCUGCUACCUACGAUGCUGCAUUGGACACGCCGAGUGACCCCUUGGCCCUCCAAAACAGCGGCCGCAAUCUUGUCGAAACGCACCCGUACAUCUCUGCUUUGUUGGCACUUUCAAUGGGCAGAGGUUCGAUAUUCUUCACCUGGAACGAGAAGCUUGGAUCAUUCGUACAGGACUUGGACCAAUUGAGGAUCUCUGGUUUCUCGGAAACUGUCCUAGAAGGGCUUUUGACCAGGUGCCUCCAGUGCGGAAACAUAUCUCGGCUCCUUCAUGUGUUUGUGCAAAUCACGUACAAGACGCACCCUUCUGCAGGGAGAGUGGCACUGGCAAAAGCGGUCGACACUCUGCUUGUGGUUGUCCAGAGCAAGCUGGGCGGCCGGGCCAAGAAAGUGGCUUCACUCUUACAACUUCAAUCUCUAGUCUCGCCGGUUUACGCCAUUUUGGCAUAUUUCAAUACCCUGGUUAAUAGGCUUAACAAGGCAAGAAGCGAUGAGCAAAUGCUCUCUAUCCUUUUCGCAGAAACACAAGCUCUUGAGCACGGCGACGAGUUGCUAGGGGACAUAAUGCGAGAAGUCCUAGCGCGAGUUUCUGAGCCUUGGCUGGACUUUGCGCAGAUGUGGAUGGGAGUGAAGGCAGAACAUGGCAAUCCAAUCAGCAAGGAAGGGCCCGGGAAAAGCUUUGUCAGAGUUGAGGAUGUGGCCUAUGUGGAUGACUUUGGCGUCGAAAAUGAAGAGUUGGACUAUGUCCUGGACGAACGCCAUGUACCAGCCUUUAUUCCCGACGACAUUUCAAGGACAAUGUUUGAAACUGGCAAAAGUUUGCGGCUCCUCCGCACCCAUCAUGCCGAGCAUCCCCUUUGUCGGUUGGGAAUUUUUGAAUCGACCAAACCGCCUACUUUGGAUUGGCAUUACAGCUGGAACGACAUUGAGGACCUCCAGCGACGAGUAAACGAGUACGAAAACUCCGUACUAGAAGCCAUACGUCACCACAGAUCUGGCAGACAACCUGAAAUGCGAGCGGAACCAAACACACACACGGGCUACAGUCUGCAACUCUUUGGCAAGGAGGGAGAUCAAUUGGCACAGCAGCUAAUUGCGUCAAUCACAAAACUGAACCAGCCUCUUCCUUCUGUAAGCGCUACGGAUAAGCUGUCUCAGCUCUUGCACGACCGUCUUUUUGUGGAUGGGAACAGUAAUGAAACAUCGGGACUGGAUCUUGUGCCACACUGGUCUCUACUGCCCCUGCUGUCCUUUGCUCCGCUGGUCGAGGCUCAAGCUAGACUGGUCAAUCGAGAGUACAUGAGGCUCAUCUUCUCAUCACACAAGAUACGAGAUCAUCUGACCCUGCAGAGGAAGUUUCAGUUACUCGGAGAUGGACUCUUUUGUACUCGCCUAUCCCACGCACUUUUCGACUCGGACUUGGAGUCUGCGGAGAGACAGACCAGCGUAGCCAGAGGCGGUGGAGUGAUGGGCCUGCGGCUUGGCAGUCGUGAUACGUGGCCUCCUGCCAGCUCUGAGCUCCGUUUGGCCUUGAUGGGCAUUCUCACGGAAUGCUAUUUCCCUGCAGCAAAGCAGGUUUCAUGGGGACAGAAUCAACCCGAGUUACCAGGCGACAUGAGCUUUGGCGUCAGAGACCUCACGGACGAGGAGAUUGAGAAGUGUUUGAAUCCGGGAUCACUUGAAGCCCUGGAUUUUCUGCGCUUGUCAUACAAGCCUCCACCGCUGUUGGCACUCAUCAUCACUCCAGUCAUCUUGAUGAAGUAUGACAAGAUCUUCAAGCUCCUGCUUCGCAUACUUAGAAUGUUAUACGUUGCGAGUGAGCUUUGUCGAGAUAUUCAUGGAAGAGAAACCAAAUGGCACGACGUCAGCAAUACUGCGUUGCGUUUUCGCGCCGAGGCACAACAUUUUGUUACUGGUAUCACGUCGUAUUUUUUCGACGAUGGUAUUGGGCCAUCGUGGAACCACUUUGAAAACUGGCUUGAUACGACACAAUCGGACCUGGAAAACGACAGUCUUGCUGACGAUAAAGCACCGGUCAUUAGCCCAGACAAUGUUCGCGAGCGCCAUGAGCAAGUGCUGGAUUCGAUCAUGCAUACACUAUUCCUGAGAAAACGACAGCAGCCGGUCCUGAAGGUUCUGGAUGAUAUCUUCACCACAAUAUUAGUUUUCUCGAGGCUUUCCAGGCUCGAGGCUUUGGGACAGUCUCGCGCCGGUUACAACGGCCCAUCGAUAUCAGAACUUUACAAGACAUUCAAGAACAAAGUAGAGGUAUUCAUGACUGUCUGUCGGGGUCUAAGCGAGAGAAAAGGACAUAAUGCCAAAGCCGCGAAGGGUGAUGUCACCAAGGAAGAUGCAAGACCAGCCGCGCACGAGGAAAACACCAUUGACAGGCUAUUAUUGCGCCUGGAAAUGUCAGGCUACUAUGGCAGACCAAGUUAUGAACAUAUGUAA